UCAGUCUGAGCGCAGCAGUGGCUGAGCGCGCACACACGACAAUUCGACGCGUGAAAAGUUGGCAAUUUUUUGUGUAUAAAAUCAAAUAUAUCUUUGUAGCUUGGUUCAAAGGCUUAAGCCUGACUAUAAAGGCAAAAGUGUUGGCAAAUUUUAUUACAUAAUUGUUAAGUAAAUUGAAAUCGUGUUUAAGUAGUGUUAAUUGUAGCUUUUCUUUCCUCAAAUUUCAGCGUUAACGAAACGAAAUAUUCAAAAUCGCAAAACGCAAUUUAUUAAAAAAACUUAGAGUUAGCAAGCUGCCCAAAUAAGUGAGUGCGCAGCAGGUGAUUGCCUACCCAAUAAAUCUCCUCCAACAGGCAAAUUGAAAAAGAACAAAGCGCGCACUCGUGCCUGGGCGAGUGUCUGUGCAGUUGAGUGUGUGUUGGUGUGCUUAUAUUUAGUACACAAAAUUAAAUCAACGUUAGACGUAACCGUGCGAAGUUCACUAUGAAAACAAAACGCAAAUUGUGUUAAACGCCGAAUAUCGCACAUUUUGCUCUACUCUUUUCACAACAACAACGAGAAAAAAAGAAAAAGAAUCCGAAUACUAAGAAAAAUAAGUGCACGAAUCGCUUAAGUGACAGUGUGUAGUCAUCCUCGCGCAGGAUGGAUGUGAAAGAUAUUAAAGGUGCCAAAGUGACACACGCCGGUCUGCUGAAACACAACACCGAUGGCAGCACCGAAACGCAGAAGAUCACCCAUGCCGGUUUGGUGGCGCGCAGCCCCGAAGGCACCGCCGCCAAGGGCAUGAACAUACGCGGCAACGAGGACCUAUGGGUCGAAAUACAGGCGAACACAUUUCGCAAUUGGGUGAACGAGCAUUUGCGUCCAACGGGCAUGCAGGUUAUCGACUGGGCCAGCGACUUUUGUGACGGCACUUGCCUAUGCGCACUGGUCGAAAAUCUGCAAACGCGUCCACUCAAGCCAUCAUGGAAUCGUCGUCCAGCCAAUCAACAUCAUUAUCUAGAGAAUGCGACCACGGCGUUGAAUGCCAUCGAAAAGGAUCACAUCAAACUCGUCAACAUUGGCAACGUGGAUAUUGUAAAUGGCAAUGUGAAGCUCAUUUUGGGUCUCAUCUGGUCGCUGAUUGUACGCUAUCAAAUUGGGCGUAGUAAGUUCCCGCCAAGGAAGCUCAUGCUCGCCUGGUUGCAAGCGGCGUUGCCCGAAUGCAAAAUAACCAAUUUGACCACAGACUGGAAUAGUGGUGUCAACCUUGCCGCAUUGUUGGACUACUGUCAGCCAGGUCUGUUUCCACACUGGCGUUCGCUGGAUCCCAAACAGAGCGUACAAAAUUGUACGACGACCAUGAAUUUGGCACAAAGUGAAUUUGGUGUACCGAAAGUUUUGGAGCCCGCAUAUUUGGCUUCACCGUGGUUGGAUGAGUUGUCUGGUAUGACAUAUUUAUCGUACUUUAUGAAACCGGGCGGACCGGGUUACAAUGCCACAUUACGAUGGGUCAAUACGCAGACCAAGGAUACUGUCAAAAACUUUACAACCGACUGGAAUGAUGGACGCGUUAUGUGUGAGAUUAUUAAGGGGCUUGGCGGUCCAGCGCCUUCGCCUGAAAAACUCAGCACAGACCCCUUUCAUUAUGAGAAUAACAUCAGGAAGGCGGUUGAAGCUGGUCAGCGUCUAGGCGUUCAGCCCAUACUUACUGCUAAAGAUAUGGCUAACCCGGAAGUGGAACAUUUGGGUAUAAUGGCCUACGCAGCGCACUUGCAGUGGGUGCCACCGCGACCACCACUGUCGGACAUGAUAAACGUAUUGAUGGAGAGUAAUUCCGGGCGUGUCGGCGAACCGACGCACUUCCGCAUCGACGUACUUUCACGCGAGAUCAGUCUAAGUUCGGUGAAGGCAUUCAUAGUGCCUCCAUCAGGCCAACCGCAGCCCGUGCGUCUCAAUCCGCACGGCGAAGGUGUUUACAUACCCGAAAAGUAUGGCAUGCAUGAGAUAGUUGUAGAGGUUGGCGACGAUAGCUUGGGUGGACAUUUCUUCCGUGUGCUACCACGUUUCAUACAAGUUGCGCCACCAGGCAUGGCACCUUGUGCCCUUGGCAGUCUGGUCGAAGUAUUGGUCAAUGCCACCGGCGCACCGAAGACGGAGGAUAUUCUGGUCACUGCCGUCUCACCGACCGGCAUUUCGCAUAAUUGCCCGUUGAAGAAGGUCGAGGAAGGUCACAGUGCCAUAUUUAAACCGGACGAAGCAGGUAUCUGGGAAAUCGCCAUCACCUAUCAAGGGCGGCACAUACAAGGUGGUCCAUUCACCUGUGCCGUCUUCGAUGCCAGCGGUGUUUCAGUGCAUGGCUUAGACGGCGCUAUGCCCUUGCGUGCACAUUCCUUCGAGGUGGACGCACGUGGCGUUGGUGUCACCGGUGAACUUCAUGUGGAUAUUGUGCAUGAUAAACGUUCCCUGGUUUGUUCCGUUGAGAAGAUAGUGGAAAAUAAGUAUAGAGUCACAUUCAUGCCACGUCAAAAUGGCAAAUAUCGCGUCUACGUCUAUUUCAACGGCUACGAUGUCAAGGGUUCGCCGUUCAUUAUGCGCGUCGGCACCAAAGGACGUUCGGGCAAAACGCGCAGCAGCCCAUUACAUGAGAGCAAACAUCGCGCCGAGAGCCCCUCAAUGCAUUACACCUCUACCACGAACACCCGACACAAUGACUAUAGAAACACAACAUCGGCGGCAACAUCGUCACUGUCACGUCGUGACUUGCUGAAUCACAACACUGCUGAGCGACAAAGAUCGUAUUCACCGGCAAUAUCACCGAAGAUCGACACACCCGACUAUCGCACCACAUCAAGCUACUACAAGAGAGAGAGUGAGGAUAAAUUGGCCACUUCCCCACCACCACCACCAGCUCCCCAGCCUCCCUCACGUGAAUACUACAACAAUUCUCCCACUACCAAAUACAUCAACUCGGCCGAUCUAUACACCGUAACUGCGGGACGUCGCGACUCGAGAGUUUCCUCGUCGUCGUCCAACACCAAAAACGACUACUACUACGACAAAGAGAACGAACUAUAUCACCGCAAGCGCGACGAUCGUGACUUGAAGUUAGCACCACCGCGCGAAGAUCGCUAUGAAGACGCAACGUCAUCGCACUACCAGCAAUCGCAUUUCCAACAGCAGCAGCAGAGCCAUGUAGCCAGCGCCCGGUCGGCAACAACAUUCGCCUCACGUCUCAGUCCGAUACAGAGUAUACGCUCGAGUGAGGUACGCACCCACAGUCCAUUGACAAUCAAAACUUCGAUUCCGUACGAGUCCAAUGCGCGCACUUUGAACGCCAGUCCACGUCACACCUCUAUUUCGCCGGUGCAACGCCAUUCACCCAGCAACGCCUACAUUUCGACAGCCACACAUCGCAUCGGCAGCCCAGUCACAACAACAUUGAAUAAGAACGGUCUAAAUCGCUCCGAUUACGAGACUUCUCGCACCGUUGAGAAAUCUUCGACAUACAAAUCGACCUCAAACUAUGUUGCCGAUUCGAAUAUACGUGCCAGUCCUUCACUCUACACAACUGCCGAACGCCUACGACGUACCGCUUCCCCCGAGCCGCGCAUCGAUCAUUCCUCGAAUGUGCGUGUCUCCUCGAUCAAACCGGCCACGGCACGACGUGACAGCUGGGAUGUCAUCAACAAAACCAAACAUAUGCUUUCACAUAAUUCGCUUGAAUCUUUGGCAAAUAUGACAGAAAAGCAAUUGAACACGGACCUCUCAUACAAUCGUCCCGAUAUCGACCAUGAGACACAUCGUAAUACACAAUACAAUAAAUUUGCAUUGCAAGAGCAAAAGUAUCACUCGGAUCGGCGUGGUUCACGCGAUUCUGUGGACGAUGCUGAACGUUACAAACCCAGUGCCAUUACAGUUAAAUCACAUUCGAAUAACACUUAUACCGACAAAUCCGGUGGCUAUACGAAGACAGUCAAAGAGUCCAGCGAACAUGUCGUUACUGAACGCACCUCUGGUGGUGGUGGUGGUGGUGUCAGUGGUGGCGGCACCGGUAACGGUCAUUAUGGCUAUAGUUCGUUGUCGCGAUUUCGCCCCAUAGAGAAUAGCGCUACUGGUGCCCGUGCUAUACGCGUACAAGAUAUACCGAACGGUGCCAUCGGACGUCCCGUCGAAUUUGAGAUUGAUGGUUCGAAAGCCGGUUCCGGCAAUUUAGAAAUAUUGGUCAACGGUGGUCGCGUCACUUCGUCGGUGCGUUCACUGGGUGGCCAACGUUUCGUGGCUAGCUUCACGCCGCACGAGCCGGGCAUACACACUGUACAGAUCACUUUUAAUGGAGAAACCGUGCCAGGUUCACCGUGGCACGUUGAAAUCAUGUCCACACCCGGUCUAACAGCACUGGGCGAAUCUACACGCCUUGUACCCGCCAAUACGCCGGCGGUUUUUGAGAUACUGCCGCCUCCUGGACAAAGCCUAAGCAAGGGCGAGUGCGUGGCUACAGUUUUGACACCGAGUAAGUCCAAACUGAAUGCCAGAGUCACCCAUGAGGCGGCAAAUGGUGCUGCGCGCAUCGAAUUUGUACCCACCGAAGUCGGUACACACAUCAUUGAAGCAUCAAUUGUGGGCACAAAAAUUGCUGGCGGUCCGCUGAUCGCCAAAGUCUACGAUGCCAGUCUAAUACAAGUGACCGAUGUGAAUGGCGGUGUUGUCGGGCAACCGUGUCAAUUCCGCGUCGAUGCGAGCGCUGCUGGCGAAGGUCAGCUAGAAAUAUCGAUUAAUGAAGGCGAAGUACCGAAUCACGUCCAGGUCGUUGGUGGCGGACGUUGUUUGGUCUCCUUCACACCCGAACAGGCUAAAUCACAUCUGAUUGAUAUUAAAUUUAAUGGUGAAACUGUACGUGGCUGCCCGUUUGUAUGUCCUGUGGCGGACACUUCGCGCGUCAUGUUGAAUCUCUCGAACCUCGAGUUAAUACCCGUCAAUCGGCCGGCAUCGUUUCAUAUCACCGUUAGCGGUGGUGGUGCUGCUGAGUUGGCGGUCAGCGUACGUGGUCCGCAUGGUGAGUUGCCGGUGCGCGUGACCGGCGACAUACAUGCUGGCUUCACAGCCGAAUUCACACCUACCGCUGUCGGUGGUCACACGAUCAAUGUGGAAUAUAACGGUUUCGCUGUCCAAGGUACACCAUUUUUGGCAAAAUCUUAUGAUGCCACCAAAGUUACGGUGGGCAGUGUGUCGCGUGGUACUGUUGGUCGUCCAGUGCAGUUUACGGUGGACGCUGGCGAUGCUGGCGAAGGUAAUCUGGAGAUUACCAUUUCGGCGAAGGGACAGAACAUACCGACCCAAGUGCAUCCGCAAGGCAGUGCAAGAUUCUCCGUUUCGUUUGUGCCAACUGAGGCGUGUGAACACACCAUCAAUGUGACCUUCAAUAAAAUGCCGGUGCCGGGUUGUCCGCUUACGGUGAACAUCAGUGGCGGCGUGUCCGGUCCACAGGUGUCACUGGGCGGGCCCGGACCGGUGCAUCAGCCGAAUUCUUUUGUUAUCAAUCACGCUGGCGGUCGUUUGGAAGACAUCGAGGUCAACGUUGAAGGACCUGCCGGUCAGUCAGUGCCCGCACAGGUUCACCAAACCUCGGAGGGUAUUUUCAAGGCAGAGUUCGUGCCACGCGUAGUCGGCGAGCAUCGUGUGAAUGUCACAGUCAACGGUUUGUCCACCGCUGGUAGUCCCUACGCAGCUAAGGUUUACGACGUGAAUGCCAUCAAAGUGAAGAACGUCAGCAAUGGUACGGUUGGUAAACCGGUCACAUUUUUGGUGGAGACAUCGCAAGCGGGUCCCGGUAAUCUUGAAGUCACUGUAAAUGGCGGUCGUGUACCGACUUCCGCUCAGGCGCAAGGGCAACACACCUAUGCCAUUAGUUUUACGCCACGUGACGCACAAAAUCACACAGUCGAGUUGCGUUUCAAUGGACAGGAUGUGCCGGGCUCACCGUUUACAUGUCGUGUUUCGGCUGCUGCGCGUAUACAAUCACCAGAAACUUUGGAUAAAGUUAGUGUUGGACGGUUGUUUGAGUUCGUCGUUGAAUCGGACACGGAACCAAAUGUUGAAGUGCUCGGUCCGGCUAGACGCAGUGUGCCCGUCAAGAUUGACGCGCUGGAUGGCAUUGGUUAUAAUAUUAAAUUCGAACCUGUCGAGGUCGGUGAUCAUUCGGUGGAAGUACGUUUACCUGGUGGUGGGCAUGUCGAGGGUAGCCCAUUUCUGCUCAAAUCCUAUUCGGCCGAGAAAGUCAUUGUCACUGAUAUACGCCCGGGAGUGGUUGGUAAAAGCGUAAGCUUCGGCAUUAAUGCCAGUCAGGCCGGUGCGGGCAAUUUGGAAAUCAUUGUUGCAGUUAAUGGUAAAAAUGUGCCGAAUUAUGUGCAGUCGGAAGGCAAUGCGCGUUUCAAGGUGAACUUCAAGCCUACUGAGGCAGCGCCACACUCGCUCUCGGUGCGUUUCAAUGGUCAUCCAGUACCCGGCUCGCCAUUUACAUGUCAAAUUGCAUCAGCGCCCAUUAGUUUGCCUCGAGCUUUGGCUACCGGCGAAGGUCUCAAGCAGGCUGCUAUAAAAGUUGAUAACACUUUCGAACUUGAGGGCUUCGAAGGUGUGGAACCGCAAGUUUUUGUAACUACACCAUCUGGCGACAAUAUUAUAUGUCAAUUGAGUCCACAAGGCGGCGACGCUUACACAGCAACUUUCCAACCCACAGUUGUGGGUCGUCAUUUGAUUAGUGUCACGGCAAGUGAUAAACACAUCAAUGGUUCACCCUUCUCGUGCAAUGUCUUCGAUGUUUCACGUGUCAGCAUCAGUGGCUUGGAUCAACAAUAUGGUCCAGCCGCGUUGGGUGUGCCCGUCACCUUUAGUGUGGAUGCCGCUGGCGCUGGCGAAGGCACACUUGAAUUAGUAGUUUCGACAGACACGAGCACUGUAAAAGCGGAAGUGGUCGCCUGUGCACGUGGUCUCUAUGAUGUUACCUUUGUGCCGCAGACCACAGAACCACAUUAUGUCAAUAUUACAUUCAACGAAGUGCCCGUCGAUGGCAGUCCAUUUCGCGUAGAUAUACAACAGACAACACAGCACAUACAGAUCGGUAGUUUGGCAACCAUUGAUUUUCCGACAGAUGAUCAGAUUGCAGAAAUUAUGGGUCCCGAUCACAAGCCAGUGCCUUAUACUAUUACUAGACAGACGGCGGAGUUCCGCACUCACAUGACCGGCAAUUAUUUGAUACGUUUCAUCGAUCGCGAUACACGUCAACACAUCGGCACACGCACACUUACGGUAUUUGAUCCAUCGUUGGUGAAGAUCACAGAAGUGGGUGAAGCCAUCUGCCAGCAACCAGCUAGCAUCUCAGUAUCACUCAAUGAAGCUGGCCAAGGUGAACUGUCUGCGAUUGUCAAAUGUGGCGCUUCGGAGGUACCGCAUUCCAUACGUGGUCCAUCUAAGACAGGUGUUUACGAGAUCGUCUAUCAUCCGACACGUGUGGCACCCCACAAGAUGACCAUACUCUUCAAUGAAGUGCCGAUUUCACUUAAACCACUGGAGAUCAAUGUGCUACCUACGAAUGUUGGUAAGGAAAUCAGUGUAUCUGGACUUGGUUUAUAUCAGGCACGUGUUGGAAAGACGACAUCUUUUGCCAUCGAUACCGUUAAGAGACCAGCACGCGAAUUCGAUGUAGUGGUCUCUGGUCCAGGAGGCCAGGCUCUACCUGUCCGCUGUUAUCAAACUAAGAGUGGGCAUUUACAAGCUGAGUUCACAAUCACCAAACCGGGUCAGAGCAUAGUUGAGGUACUUCAUCAAUCUAAGCCACUACCUGGCAGUCCAUUUACAUGCGAAGCGUUUGAUACCAGCCGUGUUGCUGUACAGGGUGUACCAAAAGGCCAGUUAGCGCUGCACAGUCCAAUCUGUUUCACAGUGCGCACUGAUAAUGCCGGUAUUGCCGAACUGGAGGCCUUCGCCGUCUCCCCAACCAACCAAAACCUGCCCGUUCACAUUACCGAACAAUCAGAGGGCAUAUAUAGUGUUGAAUUCGUGCCAUCCCAACCGGGUGCUUAUAAACUAACAGUUAUGUACGGCGGCGAAACCGUACAGGGUUCGCCUUUCACUUUUACCGCCUCCGCUACAGGCGUAAAGACCGAUACACGCGCAGCCGGCAACGGACUGGAGGUCUGCCAGCGCAACAAGGAGGCCUCCUUCAUUGUCUACUGUCCCAUUGCUCCGAAUGUGCAAAUCGAACGUGUCGACGAGUUUGGUGAACGUAUUGAACCGAAAAUUAAGGCACUUGGCAACAAUGAAUGGCGUAUUUCGUAUACCAUUCUUUCCGUCGGUCAUUACGAAAUACGCGCCAGCUGUCCGAAUCGUGGUAACUUACCCGGCUCACCAUGGAGCAUUUCCUGUGUGGAAACUUCGAAGAUUACACCUGUCGGCGGUUGGGGCACACUGCUCGAUCACGAUGGUCGUCUCAUCUUACCGGCGCGUAUAAUUUUUGAUGUGGAGAAUGCGGGUCCCGGCGAUCUGGCCUGCUCCAUAGAUGGCAUUGAAAUACCCGUAGACAAGUUAAGUGAUGGCAAAAUGCGCAUCUACAUAUCUGCUGACAGCUUAGCGCCGGGCGAGCAUGAUUUAGACCUCACUUGGAGUGGUCUCACCAUUGUGCAAUGUCCGCGCAGUGCAUUCGUCACUGGUCAACAAGCCGCCGACAAAGUGGUGCUCACAGGACGUGGUCUAGCGGCAGCACAAGCUGGUGAGGCAGCACAUUUCACAAUAGAUGCCACAAAUGCACCCGCCGGCCGACCUGAGGUCAUAUUGAUGCAUCAAGACAAUACUUCGGUGCCAGUAAGCUUGGCGCAACCGCGACCAACAGAAAGUAUUUGGUUGGCCUCCUACACACCGCAAAAGUCAUCUUCAGGUCCGCUAACCUUAUCAGUCAAGUGGAAUGGUCGUCUCGUCAAAGGUUGUCCACUCACUGUCGCCGUCGGCUCUUCAAUGGAUGCUUCGAAAGUUAUCUGCUCGGGUGAGGGCCUACGUCACGGCAUUGUCGGUAAGGAUAUUAAGUCGUGGAUUGAUACACGUCGUGCCGGUCCCGGUGAGUUGACAGCUCACUGCGCUGGACCACGUAAAGUGGCUUAUUGUGAGCUGUAUGAUCACGGCGAUGCCACAUUUACGCUGAACAUCAAACCACAAGAGCCGGGUAGGCAUUUAUUGACGAUCAAAUAUGGCGGACAAAACGUGCCCGGUUCGCCGUUCGCGCUGAAGGUCGCUGGUGCACCAGAUGCUAGUAAGGUACGUGUCUAUGGUCCCGGCAUCGAGCACGGUGUCUUAGCCACCUUCCAAUCGCGUUUCAUCUGCGACACACGCGGCGCUGGCGCUGGUCAACUGACAGUGAGAGUACGUGGUCCGAAGGGCGCAUUCCGUGUGGAAAUGCAGCGAGAGAGUCAAAAGGAUCGCACAAUACUCUGCAAGUACGAUCCCACAGAGCCGGGCGAUUAUCGCGUCGAAGUGAAAUGGGCUGGCGAAUUUGUACCCGGAUCACCGUUCCCGGUAAUGAUAUUCGACACUGAAGAAGAGUUGCGACGCUAUUUGCAAGGUAUAUGAGGCCAGAGUAGUAUUAGCACAAUUAUACUGCCCAGCCCUGCCCUCAGUCAACUAACACAACAACACUCACACCCACACCAACACCACAACCACCAAACAUUACCAAUGCAACAUAAUACAUUACCAGCAUCACCGCAACACUAUUAUCGUUCCCAACAACAAAUACGUCUAUCGCCACUGCUGGGCAGUCAGUUACUGAACCAGCAUUACAUAAGCAAUCCGGAUUUCAUCUACGAUAUGGGUUCGCGCAGCUGUUUGCGACGUCGCUGCCGCCACGACAGCAAUUGCGCGCUGCUUUGACAACUGAAAAUAAAUGGGUUCAUAAAGGAAAUUGAAUAUGUACUCGUACUGUUUAGGAAGGUGUACUUACUUUUAGAAGAAAAAAUGGAAAAUCACCCAUACGAAAUUGCGGUUCAAUGGAGUAACUCUGCGGC